UGUACACGAAUCCUCUUCCCAAAAGCCACUGUAACGCCACUAAUUCACAGUGAAGCAUCUUCUUCGACAUGAGGCCGUGAAGGAAGACGAAUAGGUUUGAUCUGCCGAGGUAAUUCAACUCCAUUCUGAUUGGUUGUGUUAAGAUAGAGAAAUAAUGGGUCGAAAGAAGAAACCCAAAAUAUGUGACGAAAAAGGCUCAGAUGAGGAAGAUAGGUUAAGCCAGUUACCGGAACAUUUGAUAUCUGAAAUACUUUAUCAUCUUUCUACCAAGGACGCUGUAAGAACAAGUGUUUUGUCCACCAAAUGGAGAUACCUUUGGCAAUCGGUUCCUGGACUGGACUUGGAACCCAUCGAAUUCUCAAAUUUCGAUGCCUUUGUGAGUUUUGUUGAAAGGUUUUUAGAUUCCCACAGGGAGUCAUGGAUACGCAAACUCUGGUUAGAUUUUGGUGAUCAUGAUGGUAGACUUGAUCUCUCGUCAUGGAUUGAUGCUGUGACUACGAGUAGGAUGCAGCAUCUUGAUGUUAGUUAUUUUUGCGGUGAUGAGAUACCCCUGAGUUUAUAUACCUGUGAGACACUGGUACACUUACGACUCUGUGAGGUCACCUUGUCUAAUGCUGACUUUGUUUCCUUGCCUUGUCUCAAGAUCAUGCAUUUACUACAUAAUAGAUACCCCAACGAGGCCACGUUGCAGAAACUUGUUUCAGGCUCUCCAGUUCUGGAAGAUUUAACCAUCAUAAGAUCUUCGGAUGAUGACGAGGCAAAUGUUUUACAAGUGCGCUCUCAUACGCUAAAGAGAAUCGAAAUAUGUGAGGACACCCAAGUUGUAAUUGAUGCACCUCUACUCCAGUGUUUGACGGCUACGGUCUCCUCAACAAAGAAUUUUCAGAUCGUCAAUUUGGGUUUCUCUGCCAAACUAUAUAUUGUUUUCCCCUAUUGCCAUAUGACAUACAGUAGCAUGAUUCCUGACAUCCUCACCGAUAUAUCGAGGGUCAGGGAGCUAGUUAUUAGGAAUGCUAUUUUUUGGAAGGAAAUCUUUCAAUACUCGAAAUCGCGACCAGUGCUUCAGUUUCGUGACCUAUCCCGCUUGAAUGUUAAAUUUUCUAAAUCUAAUCUUGAAAUGUUGCCAACCCUUCUUGAGAGCUGCCCAAAACUAGAAUCUUUCAUAUUGGAAUUGGUUACGGACCAAUUCAUGCGUGGUAAAAAGAAGAAAGAACCAAUGGUGAUGUUUUCAACAGUGCCUCAGUGUUUGGUGUUAUCGCUCAAGUUUGUGGAGUUGAAACGUUCGAUCUCAGCGUAUGAAGGAGAAACAGAGCUAAUAAGAUACUUGCUGAAGAAUUCGAUAAUGCUGGAGAAAUUAAGGCUCAAUAUUUACUAUUCAAAAAAGGCGAUGAGUGACUUCCUUAAAGAACUCGUUGCAAUGCCAAGAUGCUCUAGCGCUUGUGAAGUCCUUGUUCUUUGAUUACUUUGCUGAACAUUUCGUUUAAGGUUAAAUCUUUUGGUCGUUAAAUUAGUUGAUUUUAGGAGGCUAUAUUAGGCUUUGAGCCACAAGCAAAUAUUGAAGUUUUAAGUCUUUCUUAUGCUACUCAUGUAAUAACCACCAAUGACCAACUUUAUUUCGAAUUUGAUGGAUACUUCCACAA